AAGCUACUGCAGUGUGACUGCAGCUAAAUGUGAUUUAUUUUCAGUGUGUUCAGCCAUGGCUUUUAUCUGGACUGUGAGGUUUGCUCACAGAGAAAUGAUUAACCUGAGAGUUCGUCCAGAGGGUUAAAGAGCGCUUCAGAGUGCUCAAGCUGAGAUCUGCAGAGGACGUGAGGUCUGGCUUCCACUUUAUAACAAGACCAGCAGAGAUGGAUCAGUUUGUUAGCUCUCAUCCCAGAAAAGUUGUGAAGGAAGUGUCAGCUUAUCUGGGUGUCAGUCCCACCUCUGGUAAGGUGGCUGCUUACUUUGACAAACAGGACCAACUGAAGCAUCUCAGGGAACACUUUCUGGUGCCCAAAAUAGCAGAUUUACCAAACUGUGAUCUCUCAUUGGUCGAUAGCAGCAAGGAGUGUAUUUACCUUGUGGGAAACUCUUUGGGACUUCAGCCAAAAAUGGCCAGAAAGUAUCUGGAAGAGGAGCUGGACAAGUGGGCCAAAACAGGAGUUCACGGUCACACGCAGGGCAGCAGACCUUGGGCUUGGGCUGAAAACAACAUCGAGGGGCUGAUGGCUAAAGUUGUUGGAGCCAAAGCUGAGGAAGUAGCUCUGAUGAAUGGCCUGACAGUAAAUCUGCACCUUUUAAUGCUUUCCUUUUACAAACCCACUGCAGCUCGACAUAAAAUCCUUCUAGAGGACAAGGCCUUUCCUUCAGAUCAUUAUGCUGUUCAGUCUCAGAUCUGCCUCCGAGGAUUCAGCCCUGAGGACAGCAUGCGGUUGCUGUCACCCAGACCGGGAGAGGAGACUCUGAGAACAAAGGACAUACUGAAAGUGAUCGAGAAAGAAGGGGAAUCCAUCGCCGUGGUGAUGCUCAGUGGCGUCCAGUAUUACACUGGCCAGCUGUUCGACAUGGCCACCAUUACUGAAGCCGGCCACAGAAAGGGUUGUAUCGUCGGCUUCGACUGCGCACACGCGGCAGGAAACGUUGAGUUGAAGCUGCAUGACUGGAGUGUUGACUUCGCCUGCUGGUGCUCCUACAAGUACAUAAACUCUGGUGCUGGAGGUAUUGCUGGAGCAUUCAUCCACGAGAAGCAUAAACAUACAAUCAAACCUGCAUUGCUGGGUUGGUGGGGACAUGACCUGAAAACUCGCUUCCAGAUGACUAAUGAGCUGGACUUGCAGCCUGGUGUAAACGGCUUCAGACUGUCAAACCAACCAAUACUGUUAGUCUGCCCCCUACAGGCCAGUCUGGAGGUCUUUGACAUGACGAGCAUGCAGGCGUUGCGCAGGAAGUCUGUUCUGCUGACAGGCUACCUGGAGUAUCUGAUUCAGUACUACUACACUAAAGACCCGAUGCAGCCUCACAAACCUCAUGUGCACAUCAUAACCCCCUCUGACCCUCAGCAAAGAGGCUGCCAGCUGUCGCUGUCCUUCUCCGUUCCCAUCAGAAGAGUCUACGAGGAGCUGGAGAAGAGGGGAGUCGUCUGUGACAUGAGGGAGCCCAGCGUGCUACGAGUUGCCCCGGUGCCCCUCUACAACUCCUUCAGUGACGUACAUCGCUUCAUCGAGACACUCGGAGCGGCUCUCACUGCCAGCAGCCAAUAAAGACGAGGAAACUCUAGAAAUACCACUUCACUAAACCUUCAGAAUACUGCCAAUUCUGGCAGGUAAAGGGAGGUUCUGCUGCCAGAUAUGUAGGCUUUGGAAACUACUGAUCGCUUAUAUUGACGCUGUAAUGAUGGAUAAGCAGAUUAUUUGAACACCUCCGCUCACUGAGCUGUUCACACCUGGUUUAAGUGAUUAUAAACUGGACUAUUUAAAAUAAAGCUGAAGACAGAAGA